AUCUCUGCUACGCACCCAGAAGCAAUGUCUCAAUUUCAGCAUCCUCUCUCAAUCAACACCUGCUUCAGGUACGGGCAGCUUCAAGAAGUCUUCAGCCAUGGCAAUCACGGAACAUGACCAAAUCACCACCACCGGUGGCCACGAAGGCACCCCCGCUCAACCUACCAUCGACCAUGCCACAGCUCAGCGUAUCGUGCGCAAGAUCGACAGGAGAAUUAUGCCCAUUUUGUUUUGCACGUACCUCUUCAACUUCAUGGACAAGACCAUUCUCUCUUCCGCGUCAGUCUUUGGUCUGAAAUCGGACAAUCACCUUGUGGGACAAAACUAUUCCUGGGUGUCGUCUGUGUUCUACUUUGGCUACUUCUUCUGGACAUACCCCACCACGCUCCUGGUCGCUCGUCUGCCCGUAGCAAAAUACAUGACGGGCAACACGCUCUUCUGGGGCGCCGUCGUCGCGCUCACAGCCGCGUGUUCCAGCUAUGGCGGGCUGAUCACCGUACGGUUCCUCCUGGGCAUGGCAGAAGCAACAAUCUCUCCGGCACUCAUGUUCAUCACAAGUACCUGGUACACGCGAGAUGAGAUCCCGACACGCACUGGUAUCUGGUUUGCGGGGAACUCGGUUGGCGGGCUCGUGGCGUCUCUCCUUGCUUAUGGCAUCGGUCAUAUCAAAGACCAUGUACACCCGUGGCGCUGGAUGUACAUCGUCUUGGGCAUUUGUACUUUUGUGUGGGCCUUUGUCGUCUUCUUCUACUUACCAGACGGCAUCUCGUCUGCGCGCUUCCUCACCGAAGAAGAGCGAACCUGGGCCGCAGACCGCGUCGUCAUCUCGGGAACCGGCAAAACAGAACAAACACGCUGGCGAUGGGACCAAAUGCAAGAAUGCCUCGUCGACCCCAAAACCUGGUUCCUCUUCAUCCUGGCUCUAGUCUGCCAGAUCCCAAACGGCGGCACGCAGAACUUUGCCAACCUCGUCAUCAAAAGCUUCGGCUUCUCCAGCCUCCAAAGCACCCUCAUCAAUAUCCCCUACUCCCUCAUCGCUGCCGCCUCCAUCUCGGGCUCCGGAUACCUCGCCGGCCGCUUCCGCAACAUGAACUGCAUCCUCGCAUCCCUCGUCGUCCUCCCGCCCGUCGUAGGCAGCGCGCUCAUCGUCUCGCGGGCCUCCAUCCCCCACGGCGCGAGCUUAUUCGGGUACUUUCUCCUGUCGACGGGCUCGUCGGCGCUCCCGCUCCUCCUGGCCCUCGUCCAGACAAACUUCCGCGGCGUCACCAAGAAAAUGACCAUGACGGCCUUGAUCUUCAUCGCCUACUGCGCCGGCAACAUCGCCGGCCCGCAGCUGUUCAAGGAAUUCGAAGCCCCGCACUACUGGACCGCCUUCCGCGCUAUCAUGAUUUGCUAUGCCCUCGUCGUCGUGCUGGCUCUCGCGCUGCGCGUGUACCUGCAGUUCGUCAACAGCAAACGCGCGCGCGAGGAAGGCAUCGUGGGGAGUUCUGGCGCCGCGGGGGCUGUCGGGGCCGCCAAAGUCGUCGAUGAUGCUCGCCGAGGUGAUGGUGGCGAGGCUGCUGCUGCUGCUGCGGGCGCCAUACAAUUGACCCCCGAGGAUUAUGACGAUGUUACCGACUGGAACACAUUUGGGUUUCGAUAUCGGCUCUGA